GUGAAACGGUGGGCCUCACCCAGUCUCUCGUGUCUCUUACCGAGCCUCUGCUAUUGUUCUCGCCCCUACAGGGGCCCUGCUUCUGGCCAAGCAAGACUUAACCACGACAAUUCAACAUGACAGCUCAAUGGAAUCCCGAGAAGCUGCUGAGCAUAAGAGGGAGGCCCAUGUAUUGUGAUGGUGGAAUCCAAUGCCAUGGCGCAAAUCAUGGGACCGGCCCACGAUGCCGGUGGACAAAAGGCGGCAGACCAGAGGAGAAGAGCGAUGUUACAAACGCCGAGAUUAUUCUCCGGAAGAUGGCCACGAACCCGCCAUCAAGCGUCACCUCAGAGCAACUCCGAUCUCUCGCGAAGCUUUGCCUGUGCAGAGACCACCACAUGACCCAGAUGCAAGUAGAAAGAGUCGUACGUGGAUGGGAUGUCAUCGUUCAACUGGCCGUGGCAGCCUACACCCCGCCCCGAGCAGCACCGGUUCCAGCAACGCCUGCUCCUAUUAAAGCCCCGACUCCGACCCUGACGCCGUUCGCGUCCGCUCAGUUUGACACGACACAAUGGCAGACCAUGAACUGGCAAACGACACUGGCAGGGCCGGCCGCCGGCUUCGGGGUUGCAAACAUCAGUACCCAAAGCUCCCAGUCGACAACAAACGGUGCCCAGCACCAGCACGCAGACGCCCCAUCCGGUUUCACGACAAGGAACUCGGCAGCCGCCAGAACCCCCGAGCAAGAGCUGGCUGCUGUGCAGGAACAGCUUGCCGCCCUCCGCCUCGAGAACACCGAGCUCCGCGAGAAGGAACGGCGCCUGGAGACUCUCACUGCGGAGUAUUCGACGGCCAGACAGCGUAGGGAGGAGGAGCGGGCUUCCACGCAGACGGAACUGUCCACGCUGCAGGGGGAGAACAACCGCCUCCGUCAAGAACAGCAGCGGCUCGAGAAGCUCGACGCUGAGUACUCCGCAUUCCGAGAGAGCACCGAAGCAGAGCUGGCCGCCACGCAGGAAAAGGUCCUCGGUCUCCAAUCCCAGAGCUCGGAGCUCGCCGAGAGCCAGCAAGAGCAGCUCGAGCAUCUCAAAUCGGAGCACUCCGAGUUCCUAUCCCAGCUCGAAAACGAGCUCGAAGCUGUCAAAGAGGAACUCUCCCAAGCCGACGCCGACAAACAGCACCUCAAAGCAUCCCUCACCCAAGAGCUCACCGCCCUCCAACAAGAGCACGAAGCGGCCCUCGCCCAAAAGGACGCCGCCCUCACAAUCGCCCUCCACGACGCCACCGCCUCCCUGCAAACCCUCCGCGAAGAACACACCGCCCUCCAAGCGACCCACGCGACCACCACUACCUCCCUGCACGAAGCCACUACCCGCUUCCACGAAACCACCACCUCCCUCCAAACCCUCCACAAAACCCACCACGCCUUGGAACAAACCCACCGCGAGCUCUCAGUAUCCUUGCACCAGCGAGAUCUCGCGCUCCAAGCCCGCGACACCGCCCUGCAACAACAAACCAUCACCUUGCAAGAACAAACCACCACCUUACAAGAGCAAACCGCCACCCUCCACCAACAAACCACAGAACUCCAGCACGCGCGCGCGGAUAAUGCACGGCUGCUGUAUGCCCUCAAGCUGGCCGAGGCGCGGUCCAUGUCGAUUCCGCAGCCGCCCUAUCUAGGGGGGAGGGCGGGGUCCGGGUCGUGGGUCAAGCGGGUGCGGGGGUGGGUUAAACGGUUGGGGCCUGCGUAGGGGGUUUGGGCUUGGGGGGUUGUUUGGGGUUGGUUCGGUGA